UUACUAAUUUUUGCAUAAUAGAGCCCCCAACCUUGCCAACUAUUCUGUUAAAGUGUACCUACCCCAUCCAUUAACUACUUGUCUUUCUCACCAACUUGGUCAAUUCCAUCUCUCUCUCUCACACACACACACUUCUAUAAUACUACAUCAUAUUCAUCUUCAUCCUCAUAGUCCCAUGUUUAUAGAUAAGAAAUUGAUUAGAUUUCAAUUUUGAAGAAAUGGGGAGAUCACCUUGUUGUGAAAAAGCACACACUAACAAAGGUGCUUGGACUAAAGAGGAAGACCAGCGCUUGAUCAGCUACAUCCGAGCUCACGGCGAUGGCUGCUGGCGUUCCCUUCCUAAAGCUGCGGGAUUGUUGAGAUGUGGCAAAAGCUGCAGAUUGAGAUGGAUAAACUAUCUGAGGCCUGAUCUCAAGAGAGGCAAUUUCACCCAAGAAGAAGAUGAACUCAUUAUUAAAUUGCACAGCUUGCUUGGAAAUAAAUGGUCAUUGAUAGCCGGGAGAUUGUCGGGAAGAACAGACAACGAAAUCAAGAACUACUGGAACACGCACAUCAAACGCAAGCUUCUCAGCCGCGGCACGGACCCACAAACCCACCGCCCCAUCAAUCCGGCCGCGAGCAUCGACUUUCGAAGCUCGACUCCGCCGCCCGCAGUCAAAGAAAACAACUCCUCAUCAGCUGACAACACCAAGUGCAGCAGCACCACCACGGAAGAGUCCCUGCCGCCGCCGCCUGCGGCUGAGGAAAGCGGCGGCGGUGGGCUUGAUUUGGAGUUGUCUAUAGGGAUCCCAUCUCAGCCAAAUGAGUAUAGGAAAAGUGCUUCUUUUAAUUUGAAGUCAUGCCAUGAUUUCUUGAGGCCGCCACCGCCGGCGGAGGAGAGAGAUAUGUGUGUAUGUUGGCAGUUGGGGUUUGGGAAAGGGCAGUUGUGUAACAAUUGCCAAUCUUGUAAUGGAUUAUACAGUUGCUGACAAAUAGUAGUAGUAAUUGAUUUCUAUAGGUUUAGAUACACUUAUUUUUGUGUUAUGUUACUUAUGUAUGUAUGUGUUUCAAAGAUAAAAAAAGUUACUUUGGGGAUAAAUCAAAAUGAAAUUAAUUAGUCA